UGGAUCUCAGCUCUACGCCCAAAAUGGCGGCCCGAUUGAAAAGUUUUUCUUGUUUUCUUGGAGUUUGUUUUCUUUACAGAAUAUUUUUGUAGCUGCUCUAACCGCGAAGAAACGUCAGGUUUUAUAUUUUGGAGGAACUCCGACAGUUUUUCUGGCGGUUGGAGGGUUAAACGGGGACCAGGAUGGCGUUUUGCUAUCAGCUCCACAUCGGGCAUCGCUUUACCGAUGCUAGGCUAGGCUAGGCUAAGCUAGGCUAGCGGCUGUCCUCGGCGGCUCCGUGUUCUCUCCUGGAAGCUGAGUGGACUAUGAAGAAGAGGAUCUUUACAUAGAAAUGGAGGAUGAUGUGAAAAAAGUGAAAAAGCCUGGUAUCGUGUCUCCGUUCAAGCGAGUGUUUCUGAAAGGAGAAAAGGGUCGAGAUAAGAAGGCCCAGGAGAAGACCACCGAACGGAGAGCUCUCCACACCUUCUCCCUGUCCCAGCCCGACCACCGCAUCGACCCCGACAUCCUGCUCAAUGACUACAUCGAGAAGGAGGUCAAAUAUCUGGGCCAGCUGACUUCAGUUCCAGGAUACCUGAACCCAUCGAGCAGGACGGAGGUUCUGCAGCUCAUCGACAGUGCCAGGAAGUCCCAUCAGUUGGCGGGUCAGCUGACGUCGGAGCAGGAUGCCGUGGUCAGUUUAUCGGCCUACAACAUCAAGCUGGUGUGGCGAGACGGAGAAGACAUCAUCCUGAGGGUUCCCAUCCACGACAUCGCUGCCGUGUCCUACAUCAGAGAUGACUCCUUACACCUGGUGGUCAUCAAGACAGCCCAGGAGUCUGGAGGUUCUCCGUGUCCCAGCUCAUGUCCAGAUCUGAAUAAAUCCCAGACACUGAGUUCCUUGUCGGAGAGCGGAGCUGUUCUGGUGGAGGUCUGCUGUCUGCUGGUGCUGGCCGUCGAUAACAAGGCAGCAGCAGAGGAGCUGUGUCUGCUGCUCAGCCAGGUGUUCCAGAUCGUCUACACUGAAUCUACCAUCGACUUCCUGGACAGAGCGAUCUUUGAUGGAGCCACGACGCCAACCAGACACCUGUCCCUGUACAGCGAUGACUCCUCCAGUAAGGUGGACGUUAAGGAGGCGUUUGAGGCAGAAGGAAGCACGUUUCCGUUCCAGGUCACCAUGCAGACAGAAGGAAGCUCUCCACUGGCCUCCAGCCCAGCAUCUCCUCAGAACAAGACGGCCAGCGAAGGAGAGCUGAGUACGACGGCUGCUGAGCUGCUGCAGGACUACAUGACCACGCUGAGGACCAAGCUGUCUUCUCAGGAGAUCCAGCAGUUUGCGACUCUGCUGCAUGAAUAUCGGAACGGAGCUUCCAUCCAUGAGUUCUGCAUCAACCUGCGGCAGCUUUACGGAGACAGCAGGAAGUUCCUCCUCCUCGGUCUUCGUCCCUUCAUCCCAGAGAAGGACAGCCAGCACUUUGAGAACUUCCUGGAGACCAUCGGGGUGAAGGACGGUCGCGGCAUCAUCACCGACAGCUUUGGCCGGUACCGCCGCACCGCCAGCUCCGCCUCCGACUCCACCACCAAUGGGAAUGGAGCAGUGGGAGGCGGUGGCGACAGCGGAGCCUCGGACGAAGGUCAGGAGGCUUCAGAAGGCGACGAGUGGGACCGAAUGAUCACCGACAUCAGCAACGACAUCGAGGCUCUGGGCUGCAGCAUGGACCAGGAGGGAGCCACGCCCUGACCGGAUGAUCACCUGACCGGCUGAUCACCUGACCGGACGAUCACCUGACCAGGUGAUCGUCCGGUCAGGUGGAGGAGGUCUGGAUCUCUGGUUCCUGGUGGUUUCCUCUAGUUGUCCAGAGGACGUGAAGCCCCAGGAACUUGCAGCCGUCCAGAGGGACUCAGCCUCUGAUUGAUGAACCUGUUUACUGAUUUUGUACGUUUUAUCGGCAGUAUCUGCCUCUGCGAUGUUUCCUCGGAGGACUGAUGAUCUUCAGGAGGCUGCAGCGUUCGUCUAUCAGCUUCUUUUAUCUGUUGCUGUUUUGCUUUUUAUAAUUCUCAGUAAGAUUGUUUUACACUAUUUUUUGUUAUCCAUGUUUACUCUUUUAUAUAUUUGCCUUAUUCAAACUGACCAUGAGAUGCUGUAGAACCCUCAGACUGUUGGAGACAAUGCCAGCACUGGCUGAACUAGAUGUCUGAUGUUCCUUCACACUGCUGCAGCCGUCUGGACCUCAGACCAGAGAACACCAACUGUACCCACAGUUAUUAAAGAACAUCGUUUACACCUGC